AUGAGCAAGGACAACAAUGGCAGAAAAGAGAGCGCCACGUCAGCUGCGGUGUCCCAUCAACGUCCUCGCUUUACGCAGUCUGUGUGGCGUAUUUUUGAAUACGGAGUGUCAUCAGAGCAGGGAUCUCGAAAAACAAUGGAAGAUCAGCAUGCGAUGGUUGCUGAAACCAUUCCUUUCUUUGGUGUAUAUGAUGGCCAUGGUGGCACGCAGUGUGCUGAGUUUCUUCGCGAUAACUUACACACGUUUAUUCUUAGUCGACCGGAUGUCAUGACAGACCCCGAGCAUGCAAUACGUGCUGGGAUAGCCACAGCUGAGAGGGUAUUCCUCGCCAAGUGCGCAAAUGAAAAGAUUGAAUCUGGCAGCACAUGCGCAAUUGCUAUGAUUGUUGACGAUACACUAGUGACUGGAAAUGUCGGUGAUACUGAGAUAGUACUGUGUCGUGCAGGGUCUCCACUAUUGUUAUCAACAAAACACAGUCUACACUGCAACGUGUCGGAAGGGGAACGUGUGAAGGCAUGUGGUGGCCGUAUUAUAAGUAAUCGUGUGGGUCACCCAAAAUUCAAUCCACAAGUGCUAAGCUUGGGUAUAACUCGUGCCAUUGGCGAUGCCGGCUUCAAGUUGGAUGAGUACACAGAUGGAAAACCAUCUGGUGUCAUUGCGGAUGCUGAAACUCGAUCCACCAAGCUGACAGAUGAGGACGAGUUUCUUAUUAUUGGGUGCGAUGGCCUGUGGGAUGUCAUGUCGUAUGAUAGAGUUGUACAAUUUUGUUCCCAACUUGCUGCGGAAAAUGUGCCAGCGCAGGAAAUUACGGAUAGAUUAUGUCAAGAGGCUUUGCGACAAGGGAGUACAGACAACGUGACGUGUGUCUACAUCAAUAUAAAGGCCAAAGGGUCAAAUUCGAAUGAAUGGCGUCCUGAAAGCGCCGCAUCUUCUUCUUCUCGCAAAGAGCGCCUAGGAACUUAG